AGAACGCCAUGUUUCUGCCCUGUCAAUCCCCCUUGAACCUUGAUGAGAUUUUUAGGUUCCCUCUUUCCAUGGCUUUUGCGAAAACCCUGAUCAAAUUCUUUUUCUCUAUCAGAUUUUCGAUUCAACUUCGGCCCAUCUAACUUGACUACAGCAUGAUGUCAACGCAUAAUCUUGAGCGAAGUGUUGGUGAACCAUUUUUCACAGAUGCCGAGGGAGGUGGACCAGCUGCUCAGCCGGUCACAUUUCACAACAAUGCUUUACAGCAUAUACCAAUCCACGAUUUAAUUGCAGAUGAAGACGACCCCCCAGAGGAGGACCAGCAUUCCACUCCUGAGGACUAUGCCUUCUCUACGAAGACAAGCAAUCUCAAACGCGACAGGGCCAAGUUCCUUCUUCAAGGCUAUCGUGCAGUGGGAGUGAAUGACGUGCCAGAUAAAGAGCUCCUCAAUUUGACAAGCUACAUGGAAAAUAAUGUGAGGGUGAUCACACCGGAGGUGUUAGAUAUUAUACUGGAAAGCGAGACAAAGUCAGGGAGACUUGAUGAAUUCGGUAUUGUGGAUCUGCGUGCUCCAUCGGAUUCUUACGAAACCAAGAUUCGAGGCGCAUUUGAUAUGCCGUGCUUCAGUCCGCUCAAAGCUCUGAUACCUAUUAAUGGCGACGAACUGUAAGCGCUGAAAACCGCGGAUUCAGAUUUCCUAUUUAUUAAUUUGUAUUUAGUGAGCGAGGUUAUUGGAAUAAGUUAAUAUCAAUUAAAGGCUCUCCGCUUCCACAGAUCUUAAAAAAGCGAGUCUUAAUCUUCCAUUGUAUGGAGACUAAAUUUCGAACCCCUCAGUUUGUUUCUGGGUAUGCUGAAAUCCUAGGUAAGCCGGAGGGUCAAGAAAUACUUAUUCUAGAGGGCGGCUUCCUAGCCUAUAAGAAUUAUCGGGGAGCUAACCUGGUUCAAAGAAGUACUGAACACACGGAUGCAGCAAAUAGGCUUCUAGCAAAGAAUACAGCAG